UAACACACUUCAAUUCAAUUCAGUUUUAUUUGUAUUGCGCUUUUAACAGUGGACAUUGUCCCAAAGCAGCUUUAUAGAAAUAUAUAAAUUCAUAAUAUAGAUUUUAAAUGUCUCAAUUUGUCUCUAAUGAGCAAGAGACAAAUUAUCAAAAUAUCUGAUAAAUAUUCACUGUUAUUUAUCAUAGCUGAUGUCUCUGAGAGGUUAUUGAUUAAACUCACAUGUGCACAAGUUACAGCACCUUGUGCUCAUUUUUAAUGACCACGCUCUCUUAUACUUCUCAAGCGUUUUGGGACCAGGGACAUAUGCAAAUUGGGACAAAGCCCCAUGUGAAACUAUGUGAGGUAAUGACCCCAGUGUUGAGAACUUAUGGGCUAGAAUAACCAGGAUGUGAUUUAUGCUACAGUCAGUAGGGUUUAUCUUAAACUACUUAAAGUAAACAAAAUGCCAAUAACAAGUAUCAAAAGUGCAUUUUUAAAUAGCAUCGUCAAGUACCAUCUGUCACUGGUGGUACACUUCAGAGUCUGUCUUUUAAAUAUCUUUUCCCCCAAAACACUGGCACUGACAUAAAAGCACUUCACUAAACUUCUUCUAUCAGAGAGGUUCCAGCACACAGGACUGAUAGAGCUCCAGUAUUGUGCAGUAGCUGACGUGAAUAUAUGUUUGACACAGUAGCGUGGCAAGGUGUAAAUAUUAUGAUCAAUAUGCAAUUUAAAUGAGAUUAGAUAAUGGUCUGAGAUAGCUUCAGACUGUGGAUAUGUGACUAUAUUUUCUAUAGUUAAUCUGUAUGUUAGUAUCAGGUCAAGAGUGUGACCACCAUUAUGAGUGUGUCCCAUUACAUUCUGAAUGAUCUCUACUGAAAGGACACAAUGGAGUACAUGCAUGGUUUUGGUCUCUUUUGAAAGGUAGACUAAAUAUUUUUACAUAAUUGGAUUGUUUGGACCUUUACCGGUGUAACAAUACAAGUUUUUGUCAGGAUGUUACGGAUCAGUAGAUUAGUAAGAGGCUUUAUAUGAGGCGAGUUGCCUCCAUUUUGUAAGUAUGUAAAUGUUUGUAUGUUGGUGAUCCGACCGAGAUGUUGAUUGUAGCUGGGGUUGUGAUUGUAUCUCAGAAAGGUUUAUAUCAAUCGAAUCACAAGGAUUUUACCUUUCCAAAGAUACGAAUACCUUCGUACACAGAGAAACUGUGUAGAUAGUGUAAAUUUGCUCAUAACAUGGCGACAGCAUGCUGGCGAGCCGUCGGAAUUUUAACAGGAUAAAGUAUAUGGCGAUGAUACGAUGGCGAGAUAAUAAAGCUGAUAAUCUCUAAAAUUAUUGACUUUAUUCAUCAUAAAACGAUAGUUUAAUCCAUGUUCUUACCUUGAACAACAAAUGCACUUGGUUGGCAUAGACGUGCAGUUGCUACACAGACACCAUAGAUUUUGCUCCACUCUCGUCUCCUCACCUCUCUGAUCGUCUUCAUUUGGAUGUACAUUUUGAGUAAUGUCUUCUAUAUUAGCCUCCUCGUUUAUGUUACACUCGGGUUCAAAUUAAAAAGGCUGAAGACAUGUUUAUAUCGCUGUAGGGUCGCUGGAGAAUCAAGACCUUUGCAACCAUUUGACGUCACUACCCAGAAUGCAUUGCGAUGUAAACGACAUGGAUGAUGCCCAGGUACAAGUCUUCUCCUGCUCUCAAUGUUCACUUUCCUGUACAUCUCAAAUUCACCUCCACAAACACAUCAGAAAAUACCACUAUGAGGAAUAUGAGAGACUGCUACAAUCAGGAGAGUUAAAAGAUGUGGAGCAUAUCACUACAAUAAGCUCCAGUAUUCCGCAAACAGCCUCCAUGACACUCAACAGUAACUCCUCUAAUAAACAAAUGCAGAAAGGAGUCUAUCCCUGCUCACAGUGUGGGAAGAGUUUUACUCACCGGCGUUAUCUCAGUCAGCACCAGCGCAUUCACACAGGAGAAAAACCAUAUCACUGCUCAGAUUGUGAUAAGAGUUUUACUCACCGGAGUACUCUUCUAGCACACUUGCAUAUGCACACAGGAGAAAAACUGUAUCACUGCUCUGAAUGUGGGAAAAGCUUUACUCAACAAAGUAAUCUACAAGAACACCAGCGCAUUCACACAGGAGAAAAGCCGUAUUCGUGCUUAGAGUGUGGAAUGAGUUUUAGUCGAAAGAGUGAACUAGGCAGACACCAGCGCAUUCACACAGGAGAAAAACCAUAUCACUGCUCAGAAUGUGGGAAGAGCUUUAGUCAAAGGAGUACUCUACAAGAACACCAGCGCAUUCACACAGGAGAAAAACCAUAUUCCUGCAUGGAGUGUGGGAAGAGCUUUACUCGACUGAAUGAUCUCCAAAUACACCAGUACAUUCACACAGGAGUAAAACCAUAUUUCUGCUUACAGUGUAGAAAGAGCUUUAUUCGACAGAGUGAACUACAACUACACCAGCGCAUUCACACAGGAGAAAAGCCGUAUCACUGCACGGAAUGUGAGAAGAGCUUUAGUCGAUUGAGUAAUCUACAAAAACACCAGCGCAUUCACACAGGAGUAAAACCAUAUUUCUGCUUACAGUGUGGAAAGAGUUUUAUUCAAAUGAGUGAACUACGAAGACACGAGCGCGUUCACACAGGAGAAAAGCCGUAUCACUGCUCAGAGUGUGGAAAGAGUUUUAGUCAAAGGAGUAGUUUACAAGAACACCAGCGCAUUCACACAGCACAGAAACCAAUUCAGUGCUUGCAGUGUGGACGGAGAUUUACAUAUUCAGGAGCAUUUAACAUACACAAGUGCUCCAACAAUGAUUAAAUAAACUCUUUACAAUAGUAACCAUGAUUUGGUUAAGGUAUGUAGAUAUGUACAGACAGGUCAAUAAAUAUUUGGACAUUGACGAAGUAAUUAUUAUUUUAGCUGUUUACCACAGUAUAUUGGAGUGGAUAUUAAAUAAUGACUAUGAAAGUGCAGACUUUCAGCUUAAUUUUAGGGGUGUACACAUCCAAAUUGUGUAGGAAUUGCAGCAUUUAGGAAUGACAAAAAUGGCUAUUAAAAUUGUUUUCAAACCGUGGUACCUUGAAAGAGGGUGUUACUAAGUAUUGACAUAGAAGGGUGUCCAAAUAUUUAAGUUAAUCAAAUAUGAAGUGACUGCAAUAUUCAGAUAGUUUGCUGCAGAGUUUACUUCUUUUUCACUUCCCAAAUUAACAAAACGGGUAAUGUGGCCAGUGGGGCUCAAUUUUCCUUACUACUGUAUCCAAAGCAGUGUGACACUGGGAAGAAGUAAUGUAACUUAAAGUAUCUUGUUUAUGCAUACAUGCUUUAAAAUAUAAUGAGAAGUCAUAAAGAGAACUGGUGAAUUGCUAUUGCAUUUUAAUAAUGGAGGACCUGAUUGUUAAAUACAUCACCCAGUCCAGUUCACAGGGUAUGUGUGAUGGGAUUGAGGUCACAGCUGAGUCCCUAUCAGCAGUUUGUGUACCAAUUUGACACUGAUCCCGAAUGGCCACAAAGUGAGCAAAUGGAAAAUUGAAGAGGUGCUCCAUGGUAUUAUUGUUUUAAACUUUAAAGAAGAGCUUUGAAGAAGUGAAGGCAGAAAAUUUUCCCUGCUCGCUCUUUUAUAUCAGUAAAAAAUUGUUUCACUAUUAAAUAAACAAACUGAUCAAAUCAGUACCACAGCAACAAGAUGAAAACGGAUUUUUAUGAAAGGGAGAUGUAAAAGUAAGUAAAUGUUUGUUUUAUAAAUCCAAAUAUUAAUGGUCUAUCUAGAGUGUUAGACUAUUUAUUUAAAUUUGUUAAUAAUCCUGCUGAAAAACCCCCAAUAGAAACGAUAACAGAAAUGGUAAUGGUUUCCACUACAAAUAUUACCAACAAACCAUUAAAACCAUUACAAUCAUUGGUCCUUAUCCACUAAACAUAACAUGCCGCCAAUAGAACGCAACAAAUUACCAGUAGUGACCCACAGAUAUCAUUACAGUUUCCAUUAAAACCAGUACAAUUUUCAUUAUAACCUUUAAAACCAUUACAAAUUCCUUCACUGUUUCUUUUUUUUCCCACUGGGGAAUUCAGAGAAAUCAAGACAUGAACAUAUUUUAAGUAAUUAAAACAGGUGGUAACAUUUAACAAAAGUUAACAACAAAAAAGUAUUAUGUAUUGAACCUUUCCAACAUGGGGAUGUCAUUCCAGCACACUCUAGCACUACACAAAGGUAGGCAACCGCCUUGUGCUCCCAGAGUCCAAGGACCCCCUAAAAAUGCAAAUGAUGUAUAUUUUGAAAUAGCCUCAAUUGAUUUAUUGCAACAUGUCCGUCCAGAGUCUUGAGUUCCAUCAGCGAAAUCUAGGUGCAACCUUUCCCCCCUAAUUCAAGCCAGAACUGGCCAAUAAAGGCUCUCGCUUGUGCACCAGAAUUAAAAUACUUGGCCCAGUAAAUUGGGACUGGCACCAAUACAUCCGAGUGCAACAUGAUGUGUAUAUAGUUGAGGUCAUAAAUUUACAUACACCUUGUAGAAUCUGCAAAAUAAAAAAAUGUAAAUUUUAAAGGAUCUUAAAAAUUGCAUUUUGUUGUUUGUUUAGUCCUGCCCUGAAUAAGCUAUUUCACAUAACAUGUUUAUAUAUAGUCCACAAGACACAAUAAUAACUGAAUUUACACACAUGAACCAGUUCAAAAGUUUACACAUGCUUGAUUCUUCACACUGUGUGUUGUUACCUGGAUGAUCCAUGUCUGUGUUUGUUUUGUGAUAGUUUUUGUGUUCAUGAGUCCCUUGUUUGUCCAGUUGUAUGAUGUCGAGAUCCAUCUUUUCACACUGACAACAACUGAGGGACUCAUACACGACUAUUACAUAAGGUGUAAAUAUUCACUGAUGCUCAAGAAGGCAACACGGUGCAUUAAGAGCCAGGGGGAGGGGGUGUAUACUUUUGAACAGGAUGAUCAGUGUAAAUUGUGAUUCAUUUUUUUCUUUUGGUAAACAUAUACAUAUGUAGCUUCUGAUGGGCAAAAAGGUCUUUAAAUAAAAAAUAAUAACAAUUUACCAGUCAUCCUGUUCAAAAUUUAGGUUAAAAUGAGGUUCAGACCUUCUGAUCAGUAACCCAGGGCCUUAACUGUUCAGGUAUGUAGUAGUAGUAAAAGCCUUUUUUCGAAACAAAAUAUCACACAUGAAUACACAAUGUUUAAUGUUUCAAACUUUAUUUCUCCCUUACACAGAAUAGUCUAAACUUUUCAUUACUGAUUGCUAGAACAGUAAAUGGUUGGGAGAGGCUUUUAAUUACUGAUCAGUAUAUUUAAAUAUACCACUGCAAUGCUAAUAUUGUCAGUUGACCAAAUGUGAUACAGUAAGAUGUUCCUUUUGCAUUUAAUAUUUUAGUCCUUCAUCAAAUGUAUCAUUUAAUUUUUGAGCCAACUAUUGACUGUUUAAUUAAACUUAAUGUUACAAAUGUUAAAUUAAACGCGAACUUGAGCAAUAUUCUGGUUUACACCUGUAGAGUAAAAUAUUUCAGCACAAAAUUCAGUCCUACUUUUUGUCAACAACAUUAAUACUAUAAUUACAUAUCUUGUCAAAAUUAUCCAGUUUAAUUAUUACAAACAAAAUAACAAAAGAAUAUAAAUACAUAAAUCAAGUCCCUUAAUCUUGAAAUGCUUAAAAGUCUUUAUCUAAUUAUUACGUAAAAUCCUUACGUAAAGUCUUUCCUUUUUAGCUUAUACAAAUAGUAAAUCUUCAAGAAAUGAUUCUAAAAACAAAGUUCCUAAAUAAAGCAGAAAAAGUUCCUUAGCUUAAAACAGUAAUGAUUUUGAAAUGACACUAAGAGCCAUGCACAUUUCCGUCCGUUUUUACCCAUGUACUCAUGUCUGGUAUGCUUAAAACAGUUUUUACAACACGUAAAGCACCAGCAACUGAAAGGCUUUCAGGAUUUUAGUCAGGGCCACACAAACACAGGG